GCACCGGAAGUCUCUUCAUCAAAUUAACAAUUAAAAAUUUUAACGAAUAUUCUUCUGGAAGGUUCACUCUGACUCCAAUGGCAAACCCUUGCAUCAUAAGUGGCCACUCGCGUAGCCCUGCCUCUGUUGUCGUCAGAGCGGUUUCUUCUCUCUCUUCGAACCAUAGGAGAAGGUUUCCGGCGGCUCUGUCCUUGAGGUUGAUCAGAGGGGAGAUCCCGGCCAUGGAGAAGCUUGGGAUUAUAGUUGAAAGAAAUCCGCCGGAAUCUAAACUCUUGGAGCUCGGCGUUAAGCAAUGGCCCAAGUAUAGAAGAUCCAUGUUAGACAGGCGGGUUAGAAAAUGUCUUCAAUGUUGCAAAAGUUAUCCAUGCGUGCCAUUUUAGAAGGGUGGGGGAGCC